AUGGCGACGACGUACGAGGAGUAUUCUGUCGCUUCAGAGAUUGAGGCUUUCUUCAACAAAACAUCGGCAACCCGCGCCGCGUGCAACGCCAGAGCAACAGAGCUUGCCGGCGGAAACGCUGUCCCUGUCGACAUCCAAGGCGCCUGCAGCUACUCCGUCUAUGCCGGCCCUGAACUAGAAUACGUCGUUCAGUUCCGCCUCGAGUCCUUAGCACUCAGGACCAAAGUAACUUCUUUAGCAACUGAGAUUUAUGGAUCACUUGUGCCAAAGGUGACCUUCGAGGGUAAGGUAGGAGAUGGGGAAAAGGAGCCUCUCUAUGUCUACCUGAUGAGCCGUAUGCGUGGAAUGACACAUCUGGAUUUCAUCCUGGCACAUGGCUUCCCAGAAAACUCUUCCAACAAUCUUGUUUGGCGCCAGAACCUAAUUGACGAUAUCGCACAGUACGUUUCCCCUGUCAACAGCUUGAGCCGCGCCACUAAUUGA